GUUUGGCACAGUAGGUGGAGAAAACCGUGCUCGAUACAAUAUAUCAUACGUAUACAACAUAUACAACAUAUUAUAAUUUGCUGUAGUGUAACGAUGAAUACUUUUGUUUGAAUCAGGUUUUAGAAAGAAAUUUUUAGCGCUCGAUUAAGAAUUUUAUAAAUUGUUGUUAAAUCUGUGCAACAUGACAUCAAAAUCUGUAUUGUCCGAAAUAAAAGCUGAAGAGACUAUGAGCGAUUUGGGAAAAGAAUCACCAAAACAAUAUAAAUGGAAUAUUGUGUGGACAAGUGUUAUUAAACAAGUGUACAUUCACGCUAUCGCUCUUUACGGGCUUCUUUGUUUUUCUCUACUACAAUAUUGGACAAUUCUCUGGACUUUUAUCAUUGGUACAGCAUCGCUUAUUGGUUUUACCGCUGGGGCUCAUAGAUUAUGGAGUCAUCGCACUUACAAAGCAAAAUGGCAAUUGCGACUGUUGCUGAUGGGUCUUCAAACCAUUGCUUUUCAAGGUUCGAUUUACGACUGGUCCAGAGAUCAUCGUUCACAUCACAAGUUUACCGACACUGAUGCAGAUCCAUACAACGUCAGCAGAGGAUAUUUCUUUUCUCAUAUAGGUUGGGUUGUACUACGUAAACAUCCAGAUGUUCUAAAAAAAGGUGCUACAGUUUCUUGCAGCGACCUCGAGAAAGAUCCUAUUGUAGUUUUUCAAAGAAAAUACUACCUUUAUCUGGUGUUUGUAUUGGCUUUUAUUAUGCCAACGUUGGUACCUUGGUUGAUAUGGAAUGAAUCUCUAUGGUACUCAGGAGUCGCAUCCGUUAUUAGAAUUUGUAUUACCCUCCAUGUGGCUUUGUCGGUGAAUUCGGUGGCUCACAGAUGGGGAAUGAGACCAUACGACAAUUCUAUCAGUUCUGUCGAAAACGCAGUUAUUUCUGUUCUGGCGUGCGGCGAAGGCUGGCACAAUUAUCAUCACGUUUUUCCUUGGGAUUACAAAACGGCUGAAUUUGGAAGUUAUGCAAUGAAUAUUACUACAGCUUUUAUUGAUUUCUUCGCCCUUAUAGGAUGGGUUUAUGAUCGGAAGACCGCACCUGCUGACAUGGUGAAAAAACAUGUUCUUCGAAAUACUAAAGAAAAUAUUGAUAAAAACACCAUCAAGCAGAUCGACUAGAAAUCAGAUAUUUGAGUUUGAAAAAGUCUUUCUUAAUAUAAGAAACACUGCAAUAACAUCAUUUAUUUGUUUAACAAUUUGAUAUACUUGAAAUAGUUUAUAUUUAUUAUUUUUAACAUUUAAUGCUU